UUUCACUCUCCAACGAAACGUUAAAUAUAGCAUACACUAUCUAAUUCCCAAAUUAAAUCAAUAAAGAGGAAGUGAUUCCGUCCAAAAGGCUAAAGUAGCAGAAAUUGUCCAUCAUGUUUUGUUCACUGAAAAGAAAAAUCAUGCUUUUAAUACUAUCGGGCCUUAUAAUGGCUAUUUUAAGCUUUGCUUUGUACAUAUCAUUCCCUACCAUAAUGGAUAAUGCAAUAAAAAAGCCAUUCAGAAGUCCACUGGAUGAAUGGAUAUGAUCACAAAAUACUAGCAGUUGCAGUUGCGAAUCCUUGCGAACGGAGUGGCCCAAGACUGGUAAUUAAUGAAGAUUCCGAUAGUUACAAAUAUUGGAAAGAUGUGCCAGUGCCAAUCUAUAUACAUUUUUACUUUUUUAACAUCACGAAUCCGCAAGAAAUAUGGGAUCUCACAAGCAAACCAGUUUUAGAAGAAGUCGGACCCUAUACUUUCAGGGAAGCCAGAGAAAAAGUAAAUAUUACCUGGAAUAAUAACGGCACAGUAAGUUAUAAGCAAAUAAAAAGAUGGUAUUAUCAACCAGAUCGAACAAAUGGGAGUUUAUAUGAUGUAAUUACUACUCUUAAUGUACCGAUGGUGGCUGCUGCAACGAAAGGAAAGGAAAUGAAUGAAGACCUGAUCUACUUGGCUUUGGAAGAAAUUUUCAAUCAUUAUAACACAACAUGGUUUGUAGAAAAGACCGUAGAAGAACUGCUCUUUAAAGGAUAUGAGGACCCUCUGCUAAAAGUAGCAAAGGCAUUUAUGGAUUUGCCAUAUGAUAAGUUUGGCUGGUUUUAUGCGCGAAAUGACACAGAUGAUGGAGAAAUCGUCGCCUAUACGGGAGAAAAUAAUAUUGAUGCAGUAGACGAAAUUUACUCUUGGAAUGGUAUGACGGAGGUGCCAUCAUUUGAUCCUCCUUGCAAUAUGAUAAAUGGAUCAGCUGGAGAUACGUGGCCACCAAACCAGUCCUAUGACAGUAAAAUAACUCUUUUUGUGCCAGAUAUAUGCAGGUACGAAUGUAAGUUUUUGAACCAAUUUUAGAUGCAGACAAAAAAAAAAAAAAAAAA